CUGGAGUGACACCGCUGCCCCCGCGGCCGCUAGAAACCACCCUUGCGCGGAAAGGGGCUGUCGAGGCUGCUCUUGGCCGCCAGAACCACUGCGCACGACGACGCGCGCAUGACCUGGCAGUGGAGGGACGGCACUGCCUGGAGAGACUUCGACCCCGGCCUCGCCGCGCAGCUGGAGCGCGCCCGGGAAGCGGGGCAGGCGACUUGCGUCUACUCCUUCCGCGGCCAGCCCUACGAGGUCGACUUCCAGCAGAAUACGCAGGUGAACAAGAACACCGGCUUCGCGCGCGACGUCCGCCGUGUUUACCCUUCCUCCCCCGCGCACGCCGAGCCGGCCGUGAGCGGACGGAUGGGGUUUUUAUAUGAUGCGCGAGAAGAUCUCAAAGCCGGCCUACGUACGGAAACGGGAAAGAAAAUCAGCACGAGCGCCGCCUGCGGCUGCUGCCUCCUGCUCUUUAUCAACCUCAUCAUCUGGCUCUCGAUGUCGCUGCAGCAGGUCGACUCGGAGCACUACGUCCCGCGCCAGCGUCCCGGAGCUAUUGGGCCCUCUGCGCCUCGCUCUACUCCCCGGCCCCCACGCACGCAGGCGAUCCCCUACAACAAGCCCACGGGCCGCGUCCGGAACGAGGUCUUCGUCGAAGGGCUGCACCUCAAGCCGUCCUACGGCGAAUUCAUAUUGUGGCCCAAGACGUAUGAAACGGUGGAAGAGGUCGUCGAGUGCAACUCGGAGGACGGCGUGCGGGUCGAGCUGACGGUGCGCUACCAGUACCUACCGCGGGAGAAGAGCCUCUACAAGCUCACGAAGAUGUACACGGAGCACAAAGAUGAUUCGGAUUCGGAGUUCGAGUACAUCUACGACAAGGUAUUGGCGUGGCAGGCGCGCGCGGCCAUCCGGAACGGCUGCGCGAAGUACGCGGCCCAGGAAUUCCAGACGCAGCGCGGCCUCGUCCAGACCGAGAUCUACACGUUGGUGUCGGAGCGCUUAGACCGGUUCAUGCACACGGACGUCAUCGACGUCCAGCUCGUCUACAUCAAGCGGCCGCCCGAGUACGAGUCCGAGGUCGACGCCAAGGAGUCGGCGCGCAACGACAUCGACAAGGCCAACAACGAGCGCGCGCAAGCCAUCACGCAGGCCCAGACGAAGCUCCUGGCCGCCGAGACGGCCGCGAACAAGACGCUGGACACGGCGCGGACCGCGGCCCAGAACACGCUCGUCGCGGCGACGGCCGAGGCCAGCGUGCUCACGACGCGCUACGCGACGCUCGCGGCGACCUACAAGAACGUGAAGACGAUCCACGGCAUGUCCAACGAGGCCCUCCUGACCUACAUCGCGACGCGCCUGCGGGGGUCCGUGGCCGCGACGAUCAGCCUCGACGGGCCGGCGCAGACGUCGUACAUCGACGAGCUCACGUGACUUUUUUUUCCGAGUAACCUUUCCUCUUACAACC